UCGUUACUACUGAUGCUGAUCACAUACGAGCCAUUACUACUGGCAGUGAUCAUCUCCCGAUGAUGAUCAGACCGAGAGUACGUGAUACGCGUGCGAUUACGCAAUUCGGAAACGAAUAUUCGUCUGAAAUAUAAACACGAUCAUUUUGUCUACUUUUUAAUACCUUCCGAUGCUUUCAUCCUUAAUAGAUCUUUUCGUAGAUUUUUAUACCGAUUACAACUGACGAAUGUAUUUCGAGAAUCGAAGGCGCUAAUCUUUCAUCGAUAUCGAGGUUGCAAUAUUUAAUCACUCUGGUCUGACCAAUCAUUUAAGUUAAUCAAUGUUUUGAAACCGAUUAUUCGAUCAUUAAAUACUAAUGAGCUGCAUUGGUCAAAUGUUCUAUAUUGUUUGAUUCAUAAUGCAUGGACCCGAGUGAGACUACAAUUAUUGUUCGUGUUAUUAAUUAAUCAACGGUAGGAACAGUGGAAGAGAACAAGUAAAAUUUCGUUUCAAAUAGAAACAGAACUGAAACACGAACAAAUCCCGUUUUCGCCACACUGAAAAAUUGUAAAUAAUAAUAAGUAAUAUACUUUAGUUUAUGCACCUUGUCUACGGGUAUUGGAACAGCUUAACGUGGGGAACGAAGUGGCUGAAAAUAAUUAGGGCGCAUUGUUCGACAAGACUCUAUGGAAUUUCAUCGAACAAAUUAAACGUAAUUGAAAUAACGUCCAACGUGAGACACCGUAUGGUUGCUUGUAGCUCGUAUUAAUUAACAUCCAAACAAUCAAUGUCGUUACCUACGGCGUAAACUGUGAGUAAACACACAUUGGAUCCUACGAUGCAUGUGACGGGUGUUAUAUAUAUGCUCAUCGUACAUGCACGUAAAAGAUGAUUACUCGUACAUGUUAUUGGUUAACUUAUAUUUCACGUGUACGUUGUACGUAGCCAGACCUCUCGUGAUUCUAGAAAAUUUUUAUAUUCGGUUUCGCUCCUUUACCAAAAAUAAUUGGAAGGGAAUGUAUCAUUCUAUCAUAACGAAUCGGAACAAUAAAAUUCCCUGGGCCACAACAAUGACCACUGAAAUAAUUAUUCGUCACAUAAAAAUGUUCUGAAAUACUCGUGACGAUCCGAUGGCAUUCACGCAAGGAGUAAUUACUCGCCUAUCUGUGUACAGUCGGGGGAAAAAUCGGACAAACUAGUGGCAUAAUGGAAAUGGUUGUUAUUUGGAAAUUAAAUUUUAUUUAAAUUUUAUUUAAAUUUAAUUUUCAAUUUUAUUAUAAUUCCAAUUUUAUUUAAAUGAUUUCAGCAUUGGAAAGGGACGGAAAACGAAGAAAUUGCUUUCUAAGGUAAUGCUAGUAACCACAUGUACCACUUUGGAAUACGAGUAUGAAAUGACGUGCGAUUACGUCAGCGACAGAUUUUUAAAUGACGUGGUUCCACGUCAGGAGUAAUCACCUCCGGAUUUAAAAAUUACGUGGAGCUGCGUCAACGGUCAUGAAUGCGUAAAUAUUGAUAUCAAUUAUCGAUUGAACAAUUUAGAACAAGGUUUGAAAAGAGCACGUGCACGAUCGUCUCUUUGCACAGAUGCCUCGUUAUUUUCUUUAAUGAAUGUUUGCCUCGCAUUCAUAAUACCUCUUCGCGCGAUAAAGACAUUGAACAAAUAAAAAAUACAUGAUAAAUAAAAAUUUAAGUGUGCUACUAAACAUUUUUAUGCUACUAAUUUUAAUUGCACUCUAAUAAUGACCGUUUUCACUUUAAUUUUGUCCCUAACUGUAUAUGUAAUCGGUUAGUCGUGCUCGAACCUCGAAACGCGGUAGCAUUUUCAAGCUUGACGAUUAAAACCUGACGUAGCUCACCUUCUACAGUGUCGUCGAAGAGAGUGUAACGAUAGGACACUUUUAUCGACGUAAUUGUGUGUCACCGUGAUACACCGAUCUGGUGAAGCUUGCGGGAACGUUCUGGCGAUAUCGCGUGGCAGUCGAGACCAUGUCGAAACUGAGGCUCUUCAUGGUGACUUUUGUGGAUAGUGAGCCUGGCCCAGUUAACCGUGGGAAUGUUUCUGGGCUGGACGUCUCCCAUGAUACCGAAAUUGCUGGCAGAGGAUUCGAGCUUCAGGAUCACCGAGGCCGAGGCAUCCUGGACGGUAUCCUUGUUGAAGCUUGGAAUGGCGUUCGGUUGCUUCCUUUCGAUAUUCAUCGUUGACUUCGCCGGCAGAAAGAUAGCGAUACUGCUCGCCAUCAUUCCCACGGUUUCGAGUUGGUUGUUGAUCGUGUGGGGCAGAUCGAUUCUGAACCUGUAUUUGGCACGCGUCAUAGGCGGCACUGCCAGCGGCAUAAUUUUCACGGCAGGCUCCAUGUACGUGACAGAGAUAUCUCCACCCCACGUGCGCGGCGCUUUGGGUAGCUGCUUCGUAUUAAUGGAUUACUGUGGCAGUCUUCUUGGUUACGUACUGGGCUCCUUCACCAGCAUGGAAGAAUACUCAUACGUGGCGAUAUCCCUAUCGAUGCUGCAAUUUCUGAUAUUCAUCUGGUUCCCUGAAACCCCCUACUUCCUCCUGCGCAGGAAGCAUUACGGGGAUGCCAUGGACUCCCUAAUAUUUUUGCGCGGUUCACCUGUCAUCGUCGAGGAAAUGGACUCUAUAAUGAAAUCUGUGGAGUGCGAGCCCAAGAACAGUGGGGUGUUCUCGUCCAUCCUUCACCUGAUCACUCAGCCAGGCGGCAAGAAGGGGAUCCUGAUCGGCGCAUGCAUAAUGACCAUGCAGGCAUUCUCUGGCUCGAUAAUUGUAAUCGGUUACGCCCAAACGCUCUUCGAGUACAUCCACGACGCCGACGUCGAGCUGUCAGGUUCAUACAUGAGCAUCGUUCUGGCGACGGUGCAUCUCAUCUCUUACCUCUUGUGCAUCGGUCAAGUGGAUCGUUUGGGAAGAAGACCUCUGAUGAUCGCCUCCGUCAUCGGGGUUGCCACCUGCAGCUUCUUCUUGGGUAUUUACUUCUGCAUGCAGGAACACUACGUCGACGUCAACAGCCUGCAAUGGGUGGCCUUCGUGGCGGUAUUGUUCUACGCCGCGAGCAUAUCUUUGGGAUUGGCCAGCGUGCCUUUCGUUGUAAUGAAUGAAAUUUUCCCGAUGUACGCGAAAGCAACCUGCGUAAGCCUGUGCUUCUGCUUGAACUCGCUUUGGUCGUUCGCCAUGGUGUGCGUUUGGAGCCUCGUCGCGUUUCAGCACAGUCUGUACGCCGCUUUCUGGCUCGUCACUGGACUCAACGCGUUUGGCAUCUUGUUCUUGAUAUUCUAUCUCCCGGAAACGAAGAGGAUGACCCUAUCGCUGAUACAGGAGAAGAUUGGCAGCUUCGCGAAAAAAUGACGACCGAGAUGCUAACACGAGAUGUAGUUCAAAGGCGUCCAAAGAAAAAUGAAUAAAGAAUUUCAUUCGAGAUAGUUAAACAAGCGACGUCAAGCAAGAAAAACAAUCGGGAUGAUUAACCCGUUAAGCUACAACCACGCGUGAGACUCCUGGUCGAAUAUUCGGUCUAAAACUGACUAUCAUAUUUUGGUCUAAGGCUGUUGAAGUUUAAAUCGUAGCUUGAGGGGUUAAUUCGGGAAUAAAGCACGUACCUACACCUAAUCUAGGAAGUAUUUUUACUAUUUUAUUUGAAAUUUGUUUGUUAUAUCGUUUUACACUUUUCUUAUCCAAGGGACUUUGUAAUAUCAUUUUUCACUUUUCAUUCUUUCGAGCGCAUGGCACGAUCGUUCUGAUGGCGAGUUCAUAAUAAAAAUUGACAGAACAAUCUGUUUCGUUAUUUCUGUAUUAAUAGAUGAUACUAAUUUUUGUUGGUGAAGGUGAAUUGAAUAAUAUUAUAAUAUUGAUUUUUUGGGAGAGGUCCUUUGAUCAGGACCAUAUAUUCAAGUAAUAUCGAGGAUUCGUGCUCCUUCUAUGACAGUCUGACUCUCAUCAAGUGUUGAUAACGUGGGAAUGAUUGUACUCUGGAUUAAAAAACCACAUAAAUUAUUUAUUGAAAAUGUUCAAACAGCCUUUUAAAAGUCCUCUUUGGAAUCUAUACAAACAGGUACUGUAACACGAUUAAAUUUACAAUAAUAUAUACAUUCGAGGAUACGUACUGUCUGGUAAUCGAGAAUCGAGCUAUAAAUUCA